UGGGCCUUGAUGCUCCUCGUUACCGCCCUUCCUACAUCGCAGGUCAUCGCCUCUUACACGAGUGCGUACAUGGCGGCGCCGCGCGAGAUCACCGCUUUUAUCGACGCUGUCGACUUUUCCAUCGAGGAAAACGAGAGUUACGACCGCGAUGUCUCCAGUGUGCCACGACUGGAGGACAAGGUUCGUCUUGGGCGUCUGCUUCGCGAGAUACAGAAGGGCAGCGAUGACUUGCGCGAAAAUCUAAAUCGGUUGAUGAUCAGUCAAGGCGGGACAUCGUUGCAGACUAGUACACGGAUCUUGUGGGCUGCUCAUCGGAAAGAACUCGGGGAAAGGGUACGCAGACUAGACUUGCUGCGCAUGCGUUUCCUCGUCGUAUACAUGGGCAUCGUGGCCACGACCGAGCGUGAAAGCCAUAAUGAGAAGGCAACGCCCACCGACGCAGAGAAGAUGGUCCUCCACAGAGAUGCGCCGCGGCCGGGAUUCCUUAGGAGUUUGUCGCGACAUAAGCCGCCUACGAGAAGGUUGACUACACAAGCGAUAGGGCACUCAGAGAAGACGGAGCCUCCACAUCGGAUAGGAUGGAUGGGCGUUGUUGCCGAACUGCAGCGGUCGCCAUUGAUGCACAAGAGACGUGCUUCUGUCGAGUCGUCAAUG